GAGACGAUGUCUCAGUAGUUCUCUAGUCAUCAAGUUCUUGCAUUACUAAACUCUAAAAAUAUCACUAUUAAAUUUUAUUUGUGUGCGCCUUUAAAAAUUACGGAUCAAGAAACUGCAAUUUUUUUUUUUUUUUUUUGUAAAUAAAAUCUCAUCUUCAUCGUUAUGAUAAUGAUGAAGAGAGAAAUUAUUCUUUGUCUUCUAAUUUGUCUCGGCGUUGCGAGUGCAUUGUCGAGAAAACAACAAUCUGCCGAACAAAAUCGUCGACGUGUAUCAACACCGGUUCAUAAAAAACCAGAACCCGUUCAAGAAAAUGAUGAUGACAAUAAUGACGAUGAACUUUCAGAUGAAUGUCCAGAGCCAAAUGGAUUUUUCUCUGAUGCUGAACAAUGUGACAAAUAUUAUGAUUGUAGAGAUGGAAAAUAUACGGAAAAAUUAUGUCCCGAUGGUUUAGUUUUUAAUGAUUUUAGUCCACAACAUGAAAAAUGUGAUUUACCAUUUGGCAUUGAUUGCACAAAGAGACCUAAACUUCAAACACCACAUGCGAGUCCACAUUGUCCUCGAAUGCACGGUUACUUUGCCCACGAGGACAACAGGAUUUGCGAUACAUUUUAUUAUUGUGUCGAAGGGAAAUUUAAUAUGAUCAUGUGUCCCGCCGGUUUGGUAUUCUCGGAGAAAACCGGAAUUUGCAAUUGGCCUGAUGAGGCACAAAAAAAAGGAUGUGGUUCGAGGGAACUUUUUAAUUUUACAUGUCCCGCUGUCGAUGACUCAAUUGCAGCAACACAUCCACGUUAUCCUGAUAAUGAAGAUUGUCAAUAUUUUUAUGUUUGCGUUAAUGGAGAAAUACCAAGACGAAGUGGUUGUAAACUUGGUCAAGCAUUUGACGAGAGAACAGGAAAAUGUGAUUGGGCUAGAAAAAUUCCCGAAUGCAAAGACUGGUACAAAGGACAAUUGACUGAUGAACAAUUGGAUGCAUUGGAAAAUCCGCAACCAAAACCAAAGCCAACUGGUGGUCCCAGUAGAAGAAGAGGUGGAAAACCUAAGGCAACUUAGAAAUUUUAGAUUUAAAAAAAUUCUGUAUAAUUUUGUUUUAAGAAACUAUACCUUUUGUAUUUGUAAUAAAAAAAAAAAAAUAGUAAA